AACAGCGAUUGAGAGGUGGCGCGGCCGGCUGCGGGGCGGAGUCACCACCGGGCCUGGACGGAUGCCUGGCCGGGUCAGCCCCGGACGCGUUACUGUGCGCAUGGCUGUGUGUACCUUUGGGGGCCGCCUCGGCCUGCGCGGGCUUCUCGGCGCCUCCAGGCUGCUUUGUCCCCGUUUCCAGAGCCGCGGCCCUCAGGGCGGGGAAGACGGGGACAGGCCGCAGCCAUCCUCGAAGGCAGCCAGGAUCCCCAAGAUUUACACCAAGACAGGAGACAAAGGGUUUUCCAGCACCUUCACGGGAGAAAGAAGACCUAAAGACGAUCAAAUAUUUGAAGCUGUGGGGACCACGGAUGAGCUAAGCUCGGCUAUUGGGUUUGCCAUGGAGUUGGUCACAGAAAAAGGCCACAUAUUUGCUAAAGAGCUUCAGAAAAUCCAGUGCACGCUGCAGGAUGUCGGCUCCGCCCUGGCCACUCCGAGUUCCUCAGCCAGGGAGUCUCACUUAAAGUACACAGCCUUCCAGGAAGGGCCUAUCCUGGAGCUGGAACGGUGGAUUGACAAGUACUCCAGCCAGCUCCCCCCGCUCACGGCUUUCAUUCUGCCUUCUGGAGGCAAGAGCAGCUCUGCCCUUCACUUCUGCCGGGCUGUCUGCCGCCGAGCCGAGCGACGUGUGGUGCCUCUUGUCCAGAUGGGAGAAACAGAUGCAAACGUGGCCAAGUUCUUAAACAGGCUCAGCGAUUACCUCUUCACUGUAGCCAGAUAUGCAGCCAUGAUGGAGGGCAGCCAAGAGAAAAUAUACAAGAAGCAUGAUGUGUGAAGCAUGAAGGCAUGGUGGGUGAGUGGUCAACUCCAGACUGAGAGCGAGAGUAAAAGUGGGGAUGGGCUAAAGACUCAGCAUUGCCUCAUGCCCCCCGACCCCCAGGGACCUCUGAGACUCUUGGCUUCUCCUGGCUGUGUCGAACAUGUCAGCUGAGUUCCAAACAGCAGGAAGGCAAGGUACACUGGAGGCCACGAAGAGGACAGGCCACUUGGAAUUGAGAAUGAACAUGGGGAAGGUUUGAACCAUACACUUGGGUGCUUUCUCUCUCUCUCUCUCUCUCUCUCUCUCUCUCUCUCUCUCUCUCUCUCUCUCUCUCUCUCUGUGUGUGUGUGUGUGUGUGUGUUAGAGAGAGAGAGAGAGAGAGAGAGCAAGAGCACACUGCUAACUCAGGCUGUUCAAGGACUUGGAAUGUACCAGAGGCCCCUGGAAAUGUAAUUGUGAUUUACCUGCGCCGAUGGGGCUUUAAAUGUCACAUUUAUAAAGGGAAGGCAGGCAGGCUUGAGGAGUUUAGUCACCUCUGAGCCGCCCAUCACUGCCACAGUGUCGGGGAAAGACAGCUGCAGGUCCACGGGAGGUGCAACUCGGAGAAUCCUCUCCAUCAGGGCAGGAGGCAGGUGGCUCUCCCUGCCCCGCCCGGCAGUGGCAGAGAUGCGGUCUUCAGCCUGACACAUGCUCUCUAUGUCCCUUGGCUGGUCUGUGCUUCCGUCAGCCACACCAUGUUAGUCUGUGCUUCUGAGAGCCACACCAUGGCUAGUCUGUAACUCCACUGGCCACCACUGCUUCCUCUCCCUGUGAAGUGACAUCGCAGUGACACUUGUGUCCUUGGGAAGAGGGAUAUUUAGAAAGGCUGGAAGCAGCCCUGAGAAUCUCAUGGUAGGCAGUGGCUUAGGAAGGGCAAGUGUAAGACACCUGAGGACUCAGCUCAGUGACCAUCUCUUCCCUGUGCCCUUGCUUGGCACGCCUUCUAUACUAGGUGUGGGUGGACCGACUCCUCUAGCUGUCUUGUUGGUCAAUCAUCGAGCCUUUGGUUUCAGCUGUGCAUCUUCUGGGUCCCGUGAAGGAUAGAUGCCCAGCAGGGAGGAACACCCCAGGAGGCUGACCUGUCCAAUGCUGUUGCGGCCACCAUAGUGAAACAUGGAUUGGGUACAGAGUUGGUUGCUAUGUGUGCCAGACCAGAGACAGGAGGCACAAGCUUAGGGAGCUUAAGCAUCAUGCUGUUAGUCUGGGCCUAGCAGGGGAAGCCAUGUUCCAAGAGCUUGCAGUAGCCCAGAUACUCUACUACAGCUCUAGGUCUUCCUAAAAAAGACAGUAUGAACUCAGAAUAGGAAGCCACACCCCUAGCCUAUGCCCAACUGCUUUCAGUACCCAGGUCCAGAUGUUGAGUGGCACUCGAAAGGUUGAUCCCUACCUUCAGGCUCCAGGCAUUGCCUAGCCUUGUGCGUACCACCCACGCUCCUCAUAGGUGAGUCCCACUGCAGGGAUAGAGUUCACAUUUCUACAGGAAGGGAAACUGAGGCUCAGCACUGACCUAGGCUGUGGCCACAUCACACACACACACACACACAUCACCCACGGGCACUUGACAGUCGUUUUAAUCAUGACCUGGGCUGCAGCAAGCAAUGCCAGCCACUAACAGAUUGCUGUCGCAUCUCUCAGCCGAGUCUCCCUUAACUGACACUUCACAGCUAUUGUUAAUGUGCAUUUCUCAUCGAGUCAUUUUCAAAGCCUGAACUUGUAGCACAUCCCAAUGAUAAAUGUCCCUGGUUCCAAGUCCCCUGUCAGCUGCAGUGUCACCCUUACCCCCUCCCCAGUACCUCCCGACAGCCCAUCCAGUUUUACGAUCUCUCUGUCCCAGUGAUCAUGGCUGAACCUUUAAGAAUCCGGAUGCAUUUCAAGUUUAAUUGAAUAAGAUUCUUUGUAUAAUAAAUUCCACAUGAAUGCUACAUAAA